AUGAUGGCGACCAAGAAACUCGACAUCGCGCCAGCUCCCAGCCCUGGCGUUGGCGAUGCCGCCUCGCCCUUUGCCAUCCCGUCGCCGCAGUCCGAUGGCUCCGGUUCUCCUCUCGACCCCAACACCCCCGCCAAUGCUGCCUCGCCGCCCCAAGGCCCGUCGCACGCAUCCACUCCCCUCGCUCUUGCUCCAGGUCCCGGCGUGUCGCCUUACAUCACGCCCGCCAUGAACCAAGGCCCCUGCGGCAACAGCUAUGUCAUCCCGCCGCGGCCCAAGCCCGGCCGCAAGCCUGCCACCGACGACCCGCCGUCGAAGCGCAAGCAGCAGAACCGCGAGGCCCAGCGCGCCUUCCGCCAGCGCAAGACGCAGAAGAUGGAGGAGACGAACCGCGAGCUGCAGCGCGCCCUCGACGAGCGCCGCCAGCAAACCGAAGCCCACCAGCGCGAGGUUACCCAUCUUAACGGCGCCCUGCAGGAGGAACGCCAGCGCUCCGACGGCCUGCAGCGCAAGGUCGACCAGCUGACGUCGGACAACGACUCGAUGCGCCAGCAGCUCGAAUUCAUGCAGGACAAGCUGCUGAAGCUGGAGCGCGACAUCGAGUACUACCGUCGCCUGCCGCCCCAGAACCAGCUCACGCCACCAGCCUGGCGCGGCGAUGCCGACGACCAGCCGGCGCCGAAUGCUGAGGCCCGUGGGGACCAAGCCCCCACCACCGCGCCACCCUCUGCCAGCAACCCCAUCACCCUCCCCCCGCUCGUCCGCUCCGAGCACGCCGCCCCCAAGGAUGGCUGCGGCCGCUGUGCUGACAAUGGCGACUGCCCCUGCGUCGACUCGCUCGUCGACUUUUCUGGUUCCAACCGCCCCGGACGCCCGGCCCCCGACGACGAUGAGGAAAUGGAGAUCGAUUUCACCAACUUCGGCAAGCGCCCCGCUGCCACCCGCCCCUCUACCAUGGAGCCGCCCUGCAAGCCUGGAACCUGUGAUGCCUGCAUGAAGGACCCUCUUCAGAAGCGCUUCUGCGAGACGCUUGCCCGCGAGCGCCCCAUCAACCGCUCCUUCCAGAUGCCCUACGCCAGCGCCAAGGCCGACGACGGCGGCCAGGCCUCUGUCAAGCGUCAGCGUCUGAGUCUGCAGAACGAAUCCAUCGACUGCGCCGAGGCCUACCGCCGUUAUUUUCGUGCCGCCAACCUUCCCGUCAACGAAGAACACCCGGCCUGGAUGAGGGAGCUCAUCACCCUACCACCCACCCGCAACGACUCGAUCCGCCUGCAGCAGCUCAAGGCCGCCGACGAAGCCAAGAAGAAGCGCCACAUGUCCGCCUACGAGCUCGACAUGGCGUCUGUUCUCAACGUCCUCAAGAAGGCUGACACGCGCCACAGCACCGACGGCUCGUCGGAGCAGACCUCGCGCCACAACAGCAUCUCCAUCAGCACCUCCACCAACCCCGCCAAUAGCGAGUCCAGCAACGACAGAAUCCUCGAGUCGCGAGCCUCAGUCCAGAUCAAUAGGUUUACCAACCCCAAAACAUCGGACCUGGUCCUUCGCCCACCAAGCACCAACGCGCAGCAGCGGCCCGCCCCUGUCUCGCGCAGGACUUCCUACCAGAGCUCCAUUCGCAGUCCGGUUACCCCGUCCACUCCCACUGGCUCUGGUUUCCAUCGCAAGGAUAGCCUUGCCUUUGUCAUCAACGAGAGCGGACAGUCCAGCUCUUCCCUCCCCGGCACUCCCACCGCUCUGACUCCUGCCAUCGAGGCCUGA